AUGGAGAAAAUAAUUGAUAAUAUUGUAGAGCAAUUUAGCACCACAAAGAGUAUUGUUAAUAGUAAACCUCAAAACAAUGAAGAAUCAUGUACUUCUGAAGAGAAAAACAGUACAAUUUCCAUAAUUCAGCAAUUUAUUACGAACAUGAAAAACGAAAAUUACGAUAUUGACAGAGAUAACGAAAUGCUUAUCAGUAUAUCAAACAUUUGCUGCAAAAUGAAUCAGCGAGAUUGUUUAGAAUUAUUCGAUUCAGAAACAUUUGAUAUUUUAACAUCAUCAUUUUUAUUAUCUACACCUUCCAUUGAGAUUUACUCGCAUCUUUUAGACAUCCUAGCAAGUAUUAGUAUCUAUUAUCCAACUCUACAACCAUUUUUAUCAAAAGAGUUCCAAGAUGCGUUGUUUUCAGCUAACGAAAGAGGUGGACAGAUCAAAGUAUCAGCGGAAAUCAUAUUUACUAACCUUGUCAAAACGAAAGAAUAUUUUGAAAAUUAUCCUAUGGAAUUUAUCCUUGAUUUCUGGAUGAAAAUGAUUGAUAUGGACUUAAAAUCCGAAUCGUACGCAUUUCUUAACCAUGAAGUCACAAAUGAUGAAGAUAUAAUUGAAGAUUCAUUUAAUUUAGUAAAACUCGAUUUACUUAACAAAGGAGUUUGUUUGUUCCUCAAUGAUAACUUAUCAGUAGCUUCUAUGUCCAAUUUACUGCACGGAAUUUACAUAAAUCUUCGAAGCCUUAAUUUGAACACUUCAUCUUCAAUUAUUCGUGAUAUCUUUGUAGACGAGUUCAUGGAGAAGUCCCAUGAGAUCUAUAGUAACAGGAAAUUCAUUUUAAACACGUAUUUUAUUUUCCUUGAAUUAGUUAACAGAAACGUCUACUCCGAGCAACUUUCCGAUGAAUGUUUGGACUUGGUUACAUCGGCAAUGGGUAAAGAACAAGAUUCGGAGAUAUUUAUGUCAUCAAUAUUAUAUUACACGAAAAUGAUCGAAAAAAGGAAAGUUCCUUUAGACAAACAGUUCAUUCAUGAUGUUUCUGACUUAAUUGAUAACUCUCCUUUUAAUGUCAGAAUUGCCGCAAUAAAUUUGAUAAAAAUCACAGCAGAUUAUCAACCAGAACUGUUAUCUGAUAUAAGUGGUGAGAUCAUUGAAGUCAUUGCUCAAAUUGUUUUGUCAUCUGACCCAAUAAUCUCUGUUGCAGCUUUGAAAACACUGAAUACUCUUCAUUACAGUUGUAACGAAAUUGUUGCAAAGUAUUUGAUUGAAGAAUUCGACCAAUUUGAGGAAUUCCAGGAAACAUUGCAGGAAAUUAUAGAAAAUGAGGAUUUGUCUCAGAAAAAGAGAGAUAUGGCCUUCAAUUUUCAGUGUCUCUUAGAUAAGGAAAUGAAUCAAUCAAAUAACUAUAAUAAUGAUUAA